AUGCUGGAGGGUCAAGGGUGGGCGGAACGAGAAUCAGCGGCGGGAAGCGAGGGCGAGGCCGUGGCCGAUGAGAAUGCGACCACCAGCCAGAGCAAUAGUGAUAACGAGCGGCUGGAAACGGACGUAAGCAGCCAAGCUGAAAAGCCGCUAGAAGAAAGAGAAGACUUACGAGAAGAAGAGGAGAAAUCAGAAUCAGUAUCAGAAGAGAAAUCAGAAUCAGUAUCAGAAAGAAAAACCGAUAGAGAGGAAGAUGACAAAAAUUCAUCGAACGAACAAGGAGGAAGCAAGUCGGCGACAGAAGCUGUCCCACAGAAGAAAUCGAGGAAAAUUUCGUUCCAGGAACCAGUAUCAAUAAGUAAAAGCGAAGAGGAUGGACUGAAGAGCGACGACGGACAGAACGACGAUGAUAGGAAUCUAAUAAAUUUGAAGAAUAUUGUAUACAGCACCUGCGUUUACUUAAUUGCUUACGGAGCUUGUAUUCUUAUCGUUUCCGUAACUAUAAUGGUUGGAUAUUUUCUGAACGUCAGCCAGUGAAUAAUUCAGAAACUAAGUACUCCAGUAUCACUUUGAUAUCAUGAAGAUUACAUUAGAAUCUUGGUGUAAAGGAAAUGAUUCUAUUUUACAGGUCCCUUUUUGGUACCAGUAGCCGCAAUUAGUUAAAAUAAUAAUUUUGUCGAUA